AGGCAAGAUCGAAGUAGCACUGGUCACAUUCUUGGACCUGUUCAAACUCAACAACAAACCGUAACCUCCGAACGAAAGUUGAAUCCGUUGACUUGUGGUGUUUUACGUUGCCUAACGCAUGUAGCCAUGUUGUUGGGAACAGAUCAGGAUAUUCAGGUAUAUGUCAAUUGAACUUAUUAAGCAUUUAUAUUAUUACUAGUAUAUGGGAAGUUAAAUUUUAUGAUCUACGUCUUUUGAAAAGACAUAUAAUCUUGGAAACAUGAAUUAUGUAUAACCGUAACAUUUACUGUUCUCCAGUGAAUAUUGCGCUAAAUUAAAAAGCGCUUGUAGUGCACAAGAUUAUUUUAUACUGGAUCAAGUCAUCAAGAUACUACUUGCGGCGCUUGUAUUAAUUAGCCUUUCUCACGCCGCCAUUUUUGGGGUACUACCUUCCAAAUCUGAGAUUGUGCGCAGUGAAUAAGGGAUUUGUAUAUAAUUGUAAGUAUAUAUAAUCAUAAGUUAAUUUGCUGUUGAAUAUUAAAAAAAAAUGUUUUCACAUCGCUUAGAUUUUUUGCGAAUUUGGCCUUCGUGAGAAAGCUAAUUGUACUGAUGGCGAUUAUGUAUACUAUCGAGUUUGUAGAUGCACGCGUGAUGUUUCCACAAAACGGAAACAUCAGUCUGUAGCAUUGAAAUGAUUACAAGUGGAAUGCUAUUAUACCUCCGACCUGAAAUAUGAAGUCAACUUGAAGGCCAGUCCCAGUCUUUUCACCCAUGCGAAGAGUGCUCAAUCAGUCAAUGAUGAUAUACACACGUGUAAUCUUACCUCCAGACAUGCGUUUUUGGAGGUAAAAUUUGGCUUCAAGUUGGCUAAAAUUUUGGCUAAAAUUUGGCAGUUAAUCUGAACGUAGCGUUCCAGUUAUAUUUAUUUCAAUUGUCUGUAGAUGUAGCCUACGUGGUGUUUCCACAAAACGGAAACAUCAGUUUGUAGAUGCACGUGAUGUUUCCACAAAGCAGAAUCUUUUGAAUGAAUGUUUUAAAAAAAAAUCAGUUGUGAUGGUAUGGUGUUUUUGUGAGCUGAUUCAUAGUAAUUCUACUAAUUCAUGUUGUAUUUCCUUAUAUGAUUUGUAUAGUCGAACUACAGUAUUAUAAUAUAGUCAUGCAAUAUGCUGUAAAUAAUAUGUUUCAACGUUUUAAUCAGGGUAUUGCUGCUAUUAUAAAACCACCAGUUGAGGAUGUUGUCCAAUUCUUAAAAGAACACAUACAACAUGAUAUAAGAUGUAUAGCACGAAGUACUGGUAACAAUGAUGAUGAGGCGGUGCAAAUAAUCCAUUUAGUGCUUGCUGGUAUUGUAAACAACUUGGGUCAACAGGGAGGUACGUUUAGUCACAUAGGUUUGUAACUAUAAUUGCGCUGGUUUGUGACUGAUAUUAUAUUUCACUUGUUCUGUUCUUUUAAUUUUAAGUAAACACAAAUGUUUUAAGUUUUUUAUUACAUCUCGAACACGCUCAUGGACUCAAUCAUGCCUCCCGAAAGUCAAAAAUCACAACCGUAAAACUUCGAUCUGUAAGCCUGAAAAUUGCAAAGGACUUUGUGCAAAACAUAACUUAUGUAUGCAUAUAUGCCUUCUUUCUAUAUGUGAACGUCCAUCGUGCUUUUGCGCAUCGUGCUUUGAGUUUUGACUUCGACAAUUGACAACCUUAAAUAAAAAAUACUAGCUUCAAUUAUUAGCUUCGAUUAAAUUCUUACAUUUUAAUUAGGUAUUUCAGAAUAAUCAUGACUUCUUAAUUAAGUCACUAUAGGAAAAAUUUACUAUGAUGUGAUGAUUGUAUGCGAGAAAUGUCAGGUGUCAUAUUGUCAUAUGCAUGCAUGUUCUCUAAAUAUACUUAAAAGAUGUUAACUAAGAACUUUAUUGUAGGUUACCAAAAUAUUGAUUGCAACCUGACCACCAAAGAUUCAAGAAUAGUCUGGGAAGAAGCAUUUAUGACCACUUAUUUGAAUCCUGUUCUUUCCGUAAGUUUUUACAUCACAAGAUCAGAUAUGCACUAUGGCGUUUUUCGUAAUUCGCCUGCAAAAAAUCUGCUUGUUAAUUCCUUGUUUAAAAUUUUUAUACUGCUGUAUCGAAAUCUUUGCAAAUCUCCUAAUCAUAUAAGAAUUUCAAAGUAUUACAGUGCGUCUACAAUAAGUUAAUUGGACCACUUAGAGAACACUAACCAAUCAGAUUCCAAAACAAAAAUAGAAAUCUAAUCAAACUAAAGCUCGACCAAUCAAAUUAGGAGUUCGCUUCAGGAAGCCAGUAACUGCAGUGUUUACUUUUCAAAUCUCUUUUACCGUUUGACAUUCGUUUAUUUGUUAAAAUUGUUUUCGACCUAAUGCCGAUUGGCUAAUGUCCCGACCGGUUAGUGUUCUCUAAGUGGUCCCACUUGCUGUAGACGCACUAUAAGAGGUCAACAAUUUAGAUUGUACUAGGACACUGGAAGACUGUUUUUACUUAAGGGAAACUAAGUCCUAAAUUUGUACAGAGAAAGUUUCGUAUGUAUAUUAGCGUGCUUUGUGAGACAUUUGGGAAAAGGAAAAGUAAUACACCCUUCUGGAAAGGAGUAACUCAAACCUUAGCUUUAGGGAUAUUUAUGUUGGUGGGUUUGGUAGAUGACAAUUUGAGUGAUAAUUAUGUGAUAAAUUUUGAUAUAAUUUCUGGCUUGUGCUAAGAUAUUUUAGCUCACGAAAUGCAUGCAUGUGAACAGACUCGACUGAUGAUUGUGUAUUUUUAUAAUACAAUAUAAUGGGAAAUACAAACUUCAUUUGUGAAGCCUGUACGUCGUAUUGAUAUAAAGUAAGAACGUAAUAUUUACUGCCAGUUCAUCUGCUUUCUGCAUUUGAAACGAGCACUUAUAUGGAGUUUAAUUUUAAAAAUGAUAUACUGUACCAAUUCACACUGUUUAUGUAGAUAUUUGGCCGCAUAGACUAUAUUAAACGCUAUAUUAAUACCAUAGGCAUAGCGUACUGAAUUACAUUCAGUGCCAGGCGUAGUGAUCUGUAGUUGAUACCACUUCAUUAUAUAAAGUAUAACACAUUACUAACAAACGUAGUGAAUUUUUAACGAAUGCUAGUCGUAGCGUUAUAGUGUAUAAAACGCCGUGUUCAACAGUAUAGCAAUUGUUGAUUAUGUGAGGUUGGAUGUGUUGAUCAAGUGAAAGAUCAUAUUACGGACGCGUAUUCAUACAUGAUAUUUUCCUCUUUCGUGACUUGACUAUAUUUAGCUACAAUAUAUUUUCAGUUAAGUUGAAAAAUAUAUAGUGAAAUAUGAUAAAAAAAUGCAUGGAUUUCAAAAAGUUGCAAAUUUUUUAUAUAAAAAAAUUAUCAAAAAUUUUCCGCUAAUCAUGCAAUUUUGCCCCUAGAAUGGGUGGGUCUUAGAGUUAGAGCAGGACUAGUCAACUUUCGCUAGCUACGCCACUGGUUGAGAGGAGUACAAUUAUUUCGUUAAUUGUACUGCAGUACAAUUAAUGAUUUUUCCAAAACAAACAAAAUGGCGGAAACGUAUUUUAAACUCAAGCGUGAAAUGAAAUUGCCGUGGAGGAACUAGAUGAAAAUACGAACAAAAUCACCAAAUUUUGCUUUAACAAAAGAACUAAAUGAAAAUACAAACAAAAGCACCAAAUUUUGGUUGAAAGUCUGGCGGGACUGGGCUUUGGCGAGAGAAUAUGAUGCUGACAUUGAGAAGUACGUAUCCAAUUUUGUCAUGCUAAUUGCUGCCGAGCGUAGCGAGGCAGCACACUAUUCUUGACAUGCGGUGGUUUCUCCAGAGUCCACUCGACCCAGUCUUUCGCGCGAGUUAUGUAUUGUCGAGAUCGAGAUCUUGUGUCUGUCUGUCUGUAAAGAUGUUUGUCGUAAUCCGGGGGGAAUAAUUAAGCUUCAGGAACGUUUGUUAAAUGAGGGGAGCGGUCAAAACAUGAAGAUUUUCAAGCUUUUAAAUACGGAUCACAACUCACAAGACAGCAAGAGAUCAAAAAUAUUCGGAAACAUUCAGGUAAGUUCGGCUCUAUUUUUUUCUUCUUAUAUACAUCAGGCAAUGACAUUUUUAGUGUUCAAUCUAGAGGCAAACAAUGUGCUUUUAUGAGUUUAUCAGCACUUUUAACUGCCCAAAAUAUACUACAGAUCGAUUGGUCAAAAACGACAUUUAAUCGUCUUAUUUAUACAAGGAGACAAAAUGUACUUGCAAGCUCUGGAUAAUGGCUUUGUUGUCUUAGAAACUGCCCAAAAUAUACCACUCAUCGAUUGGUCAAAAACAACGUUUAUAAAUAAUGUCUUAUUACAAGGAGACAAAAUGUACUUGCAAGCUCUGAAUGAUGGCUUUAUUAUCUUAGAAGUAGAACCUGCUGUCAAAUUCUUAUCUGUCGAUAAUUUACCUAAACUUGUCAGUAUUUCAAGUUGUAUACAAACAUGUUUCUUACAAGAUAUGUGAUUCUGUGAUCGACACAAGUAAUAUACCACAUGUAGUGUAUGCAAAAACAACUACAACACCUGUGAAUCCUUUUGAUACACAAAAUAAUGAUACUAUAAACAGUCUGCCCAUGGUGGUAGGACAAAAUAAUAGCAUUCUAUAUCCAUUGUAGUAGAGUCCAUUGAGGCAAAAAAUAUCAUUGAUCUGCCCAUUGUGGUAGAGCCCAUUCAAGGCAAAAACUAUAGAUCUGCCCAUUGUGCCAAUGUGGUAGAGCCCAUUGAAGCAAAAACUAUAGAUCUGCCCAUUGUGGUGGAGCCCAUUGAGACAAAAACUAUAGAUCUGUCCAUUGUGGUAUCUAGAGCCCAUUGAGGCAAAAACCAUUGAUCUGCCUGUGGUCUAGCCCAUUGAGGCACCAACUAUCAGCGAUCUGCCCAUUGCGAUGGAGCCCAUUGAGGCACCAACUAUCAGACUAGGUGUCAGCCAGGGGGGGGGGCUGUUGUGGUAUCCUAAAUAGCUGAUAAAUAUGGAUACCUAUUUAUAUUCAAAAUACCUAUUAUUAUGGUCAAAAUGUUACAUAAUACCUAAAGCAAUCAGAAGUUGUAUACCAGACCUAAUACCCAAAAUUAGUCAUAACAUUUAAAGUAAAUAUACAGUAUACUCGAAUUAAAUACCAUUAGAUCCUAUAUACACAAAACCCUAUAGCCGACCCUACAGACUGCUCUGCCCAUUGUGGUGGAGCCCAUUGAGGCACCAACUAUCAGUGAUCUGCCAUUAUGUGCAAAGGCAAUGAGUUUAUAGUGUUCCAUUUCUAGAUGUUUAUAGCUUUAAACAAAUGUGGAAUGUUGCUAAAUCAGGUUUAAUAUUAAAGAUUCCUAGAGCAACCCAGUGUGGAUUAUUGUCUGCACAUAUAUUGACUUACCAGCAAUUACAUGUAAUAUUACUAACAUUUUAACUGACUUUUGUAUAAGAUCUGAGAUAUGUCCAUUGUUAGCAUAAUAUGAAAUAAUUCUAGUGGCCUACAUAUGGCUGUGUCACUACGAUAAUGCUCACAAUUUCUUUCUUAUUAUAUAUUUUUUCAGUUCUGACUGAGUACAAUCUUAAUCAUGUCAAUGAAUGGUGUCAUCUGAAGCAUAUUAAACAGAAAUGUCAACAAAAACAUUUUGUCUACCCAUCGGCAGAUUGUUCGGUUGGUCUGUGAUAGGGGAAGCCAUGAAGGUGGCAUUACACGUAAAACGAUAAUUGGAACAAAAACCCACUUUAUAGUAUUUUUAUAUAAACAUUGUUCUGUAUGCAGUGGCAAACUCACACAUGUGAUCACCAAGUUUAUACUUUAUGGUGCACUUUUUAUAAGAUGAGAUGUAAGAUACAAUCAGGGACGCCGGAACUGGGGGGGCAGGAAGGGCAGCCACCCCCGUUGCCCUUUACCAGGAGGGGCAAGGGGGGCAAAGGUGUCCUUUCAAUUUAAAGGAUUGCCUUGGCAAAAUAGCGAAUUGUCAGAAAUGUUAGUGGAAUUCUUUUACUAAUUUGCUUCAGAAAACGCAAGAAUUGCAGUCAUCGAGCUUCAUGAAUAGCAUAAUCGCCUGGCGGAGAACCCCCUCACACCCCUAUCAUCCAAUAAAUAGAAAACAUGAUUAGGUGAAGUUCAACUCCCGAUGUUUUGCAAACAUCUCUUAGUACAUAUCAAUUCAAAAGUGCCCUUUCACGAAAAUCUGCCACCCUUCACAUCGUUCCGGCGUCCCUGGAUACAAUUGUAGAAGGUAAUUGAUGUAGAACAUGUGUAAGACAUUAAAUCAUACAUACAGUGAAAAAGACACUUUUUGGUUAAAAGACACUUUUUGGUUGUAGUACAUCCUGCAUGUACAUAUCGGCAGCAUUUUGCUUGCGACAGUACUCCUAGUAAUAAACAAGUAAUCAUGCGAUGUUGCUCGUACAAUUAGGGAUUAAUGGUACUCGUGAUGUUUGGAAAUUUGCCAAAUUGGACUCGCCCCGGCGGCUCGUCCAAUUUUGGCAAAAUUUCCAAACAUCACUCGUACUAUUAAUCCCUAAUUGUACUCGCCAUCGCAUGAUUACCUACACAAAUUUACACUAUAAAUUUCUAUCUACAAAAAAACCUUCAACGUUUAGUUUUAUCGGGCGAGAGGCCAAAAUCCUGAUAUUUGGAAAAUUUAUCCUGUUACUAAAGGCAUAUCUACGAAAUUAUGCAAUUUAAUAUAUAUGUAAAAUACCCUAAGCUCUCUACGUUACUUGCAGUUACAAGAUAAGCAGGGGUCUCACGAAAACGAGCAUCUAUUUUGCAUGAUAAUAUGUUUGUAGUGCGGCGGCAGUUUAUAUGCAUAUUCUAAAAACCUGUAAAUGGAAAAUGAGCAUAGCAUAUUCUCAGAAAAAAAUCCUCUUUCUAAGAGUAGUAUAUAUCAGACGGAAAACGUUAUUUAGAUGUGAAUAACGGGCAGAAAUUGCCCUUCAAAAGACAUGGCAAAAAGGGAAAAUUGCAAAUAAUCAUGAUUUCUUUAAAGUCUUCAAUUGGAUUUCAGCUUCUAUUGUUGUUAUAUUCUGACGUUCUAGGCUAUUUCUCACCUGCUCCAGGACAAUUUGCGUCGUAUGGUCCGAGAUAAAAGACUUGGUAAGUAUAACAAUGUUUUUACAGAUUUUUAAAAUUUGUUUUCAACAAAAAAAGGCGUGUGGCAUCUAAUUCUGAUAGUUUAUCCACACUCGCAUGCAACGACAGUCAUGCACAGAAACAUAGGAAGAGUUAAAAAAUGGUGUCUCUAAGUUUGUUGUCCGAAACCUUACACUGCGAUUGAUGAUGAUGAUGAUGAUGAUGAUGAUGAUGAUGAUGAUGAUGAUGAUGAUGAUGAUGAUGAUGAUGAUGAUGAUGAUGAUGAUGAUGAUGAUGAUGAUGAUGAUGAUGAUGACGAGAAUACUUUGCAAAUAAUGAAUAACAGUGUCAGUUCGCUUUGCUAUAGAAACUUUUAUUCGUUCCGGAACUCCCGUUGCUAAAUUGCAAAUCCUAUUUUCCACAAUGCUUUCCUUGCUGAUUCUUCGGAUGUCUUUGGUGGGCGAAUUAACAGUAGCAUUUUAACGCUGCCAAAACAUUUCUUUAAUUUUCUACCGGUUGAGCGAACAGUUUCAAAACUACCCAUUAUUUGUAGAACUAGAAAUACGUGCAUGCAGUAACCCCUCGCCAAUAUUGCCAUACAUUAAACAUGAAGUGUUCAGAAAUGACCAGCACUGAACACAGGCUCGCGCUCAAGUGUUGCCACGACAACACGAUAUUCUUAAAUUUUUAUUUUCGUAUAUUUUGUACAAAACUGCAAAAUAGUUGAAAGAUUCGUACUUUUAACUAUACGACAAUAAAUUUCCGAAAUACAUACUGUAGGUAUAUUAUUUUGCAUUUUGUGAGCUUUGAUUUAAUGUAAAAUUUAACUUGAAACGCUUCGUAAAAUGUUUUGAAAUGUUCAUUCAAGUAAACCUACAUUUUGCCGAUAAACUGUUUUUACUUAACAAAACAUGAUAAGUUUAAUACAAAUAAAAUAAAAUUGUUAGGUAAUUUCAAUUCAGUCGAGGAUGACCACCCACUCAAGAUCGUCCUUCGUUGGUCAGCGCCCGCGAUGAUUGAUGGACUUUAGACUUCGCUAAUGCUUUCGUUUCCCCGGGUGUAAAUAGCCGGGGGGAAAUUAGUACCCUCGCACGGCGCUUCGCGCCGUCAGCUCGGGGAUUAUUGUGUGACUGGGAGACACAAACAUGCAUGCCAAGUAUAUUACCAACCUAUGCAUCUUUAUGCUUAAGGAUUAAAAUCUUCCUCUUGGACAACAUGCAGAAUCCUUAAUUUACCAAGUCAUAUUGUACAAUUUGAUGCAAAACUACUAUAUAUGUAAAUAGAGUAUAUUUAGGUUUUUCAUAUUUGAUAGAUGCAAAUGAAAUUGGCAUACGACUUAAGUUUUCUACUUUUGACUUUUGCAAUUAACAUCGUUUAAAACUACAACUUUAUAUCAAUCUACAGGCAAUAAUCGUUUGAUGAGAUUGAUACAUGAAGUGGAUGGCCCAAACUAUGAGUCCAUAACCGAACUCGAUCCAAUGUGUCCAGCACUAUGGCGAUACCGCAAAAAAAUCACGUUAGAAUAUGUAUCGUUCAAGUUUCAAGAGUAUUCACAAGGACGCGAUAAAGCAGACAGAUGUGAAGUUCUGGCGGAAUUCCUGAAAAAGGUGUGCAGACAAAAAUAAGAUCAUACUCAGAAAGAAUAUGAGGGAUAAUUACCUUCGCAUGUUAACUGUUCCAAUUCACCAAAUAGUAAUUUCGCACGUGAAAUACUUUCAUACUGUAUGUGAAAGAAUAUGCGAAACUCAAAUUUCAUAUUCACAAAAUAAAUGCGGGUUUUCACAUGCGAACUGUUCUAAUUCCAAACAGAAUUUCACAUGUGAAAUGAUGUGUGAAGUGAAAUAUGUGAAAGGGUGGGCUUCAAUUGCACUAAUAAACUGCGUCUUUUGAUGAAAUUCUUAAUUUUUGCGUAUCAAACUAUCCAUGCAACACACGUAAAACCGCAUGCAGGUUGUUGUUAAGUCGAUAUCAGGACGUAUUCGCACUUGUUCCCAGUUGAUGUGACAAGUUUGGAACAAGUGUUACACCUUGUUGCAAGGUUGAUGACAGUAACAAACAUGCUUACAAGUUGUUCCAACAAGGCUAAUACAGACUGUUUGUAACACGUUGCUACGAGAUUGUUGUCAUCAAUUUGUUGACGACUUCUAACGUGCAGGCGAUAUCGCACUUGUUGGAACAACUUGUUGCGAGUCUGUUGGUCUCAUCAAUCUUGUUGUGAUAACAACUUAUGAAACGUAAAUAUGAAUUUUGACCACAAUAAAUUCGAGUAGAAAAAUUAAAUUCCCUGUCAAUUUUUACUAUUGUUUCAACCAAUUGCAAUUAUUUAAAUUUUGUUUUAUAUACUCCUAUAGGAGCACCAACUCCGUGCGUUGCAACACUUUCCAGAUAUUAUAAAACUACAGCGUCUGCUUUUCGAGGAAUUUCAUCGUCGUUUGGAUCGAAAUGAAGCAGAGGAAUUUACUCUGGGAAAAUUCCUGAAAAGAGGUAAUUUUACAUUAGCUUUAGUGUGAUGUAAGCCAACCAGUUCGAGUAAUGUCCACUACACAAAACAUGCGUUCUUCAUUGGAAAUAUAAUUGCAGUUGAAUCAUCACGUGUACAAAGCUGAAACUGGAGGAUUUAAGACUUAUUGAAAUAUGCAACUUUGCUCGUCAUUUGUGUUUUACACAGAUACAGCUGUGAUAGCAGUAUCGACCCUCGAAUAAUUUUUAUACCAGCUUGGUUUGUCGCUGCGAUUCAAGACCCAAAUUUCCUUAUAUUGCUCAAAUCACGUGGAGAACGUGAUUGUACGAUGGUACCAUACUACUAUCAGUACGUCCCCUUUUGCUUUGUCAGCCGCCAUUUUUGUGUUUACUGUAUCGCCUGUUGCAUGUUACUCUGACGCCGUAAGCGGUUUCGUCACAUAUCUCUAUAACUGAGUAUCUAUAAUUGGAAUUUCUACCAAGUUUCCAUUAUUUUUAAAUUUUUCGUUAGCUCCUCAAAUAAAAGAACAAUUCAGUGCUUUGGUCAACAGUUUUAGAAUGGCUUGGAAAAUCGUCCGGUCGUCCCUUACGCAAGAUGGCAAGUAUUGUUUUCUCUUUAUCUUCCAAAACUCAUUAUUAAUUCAUAGUUUAGUUGCUUUAAUAUAUAAAAACUCCCUCAAUAAUAUUCUUCUUUUGAAACAUUACUAAUAAGACUUUUAAGUUGUUAAAUAGAUUCGCAUUGUGUGUUUUAUAGGGUCUUGUCUUAACACUAUUAACAACCAUUAUUGACUGAAGGGGUCGGCAUGAAAAGCUUUACGUUGUCUUUAUUAAAAUCCCAUCAUUACUUUUAAUUGGCAAAACCUUUAUCUGAUAAAAAUAUAGUUGUCAACAUUUUUUACAUUAAUUUUUGCAAGUUCCGAAUGACCCUGUAAUAUUGGCCGUUAACAUUGAUUCUACCAAAUCAUUCUGGUUUUUGGAACACACACAUUUUGUCCAAUGAAAAUCCAUUAUAAACGAGCUAGCCUUCUACACUUGCUUGUAUUUAACAGAAUUGACUCAUUACCCAAUUAAAACCAUGUUCGCCUCUGUUUCCUUCUAUAUAUAAUUUCACAUUGUUGUGGUAGUACAACAACUAAUUUAUGCUUUUAAAUUUUUUUAGGCCCUUAUUCAAUUUCGCAGGAAAUGUGCCGCAUUGAAGUGACAAAUUCAACACCAGUUUCCAUGUUUUUGCCUGCUAAGUCUGGCCAGGGAAGAUGCGCUUUGGCUUUGAACAAUUUUCUUGUGACCUUACAUAAUGAUUUUAUUGGUCGUUGUAAGAGCUUACUAAAGGAUGAAAGUGGGUAUGUAUAAUAGAAUAGAUGGAUUUUAUCUUAUUAGGAUUAGAUUUAGGAUAGACUUAAUAGUACAUAGAUUGGUGUAAGAUACACCACUACAGCUAUAUUUGAUUUUUGCAAUUGCCAUCUUGAUUGACUUGUAAAUAAAAGAAUAUUACCUUUUUUAUUGCUGCUUGCAUGUUGUAUUAAUAUAAACCAUUUUUCGUGUUACCAUCCAGCUGUAGGAACAUUUGCGGAAGUUUGGGAGAAUUCGAAAUUGCAUAGAAGCACUCGCUGUUCGAUCUUGUUUUCCCACUCAUCAAUUUCUCGUUUCUCUGAACUGGAUGCAAAAACGAAAAAUGUCUUUUAUUUCUUAAGUAUAUUUAAAACAUGAACAGCAUUGUUUUAUCAGAUAUAAAGAUACGAGGCGAAGCCGAGAAUGUUUUACAUUGCUUCAAAAACGAUCGAUCUAGUAAGUUCAUUGGCGAAGUACUUUUAAACAAAAGUCGAGAAAAUCAAAGUUAAAGUUGAAAAUAUUAUUGCCCAGCAAAUAUCUCGUAAAAGAGGCAUAUUCAAAAAACAUUUGGUAUAUAAAUUUAUUGAGUAACGUUGUUAAAGUUAAAGUUUAUGUAAAUCAAGGGAAAUCUUUAUCGCAUACAUAUAAAGAUACGCUGUGCUAAGUGGUUAUAUUACUACCUUAAAAAAUAAGCAGAAACUGAACUAAUAACUAUUAUUAUUAUAUUAUUAUUAUUUUUUAUUAUUUUUUAAGGUAGUAAUAUAACCACUCAGCACAGCAUUUUUACAUUGGUACUACCUACACUGGUACAGACAGAUUUAACAUAAAGAUACGAAACGCUUACGACUUUUCUUUGUGUUUUCUUCAUGCAUUAUUAAUUAGUUUUUGAAGUACAUAUAUAAUUAAGAUUACUAACCUAUAACGAACAUAACUAUAUAGAGAGACCUGAAUAAUACAUGAAUAAAUAGCACACAAAAGCUUCAAGUUGGUUUCUAGCUCUACACCUUUUGUGAAAUUCAAUUAAUAAUAUUUUAUAAAUGUUUUUUUAAGCUUUGCAUUGCCUUCAUAUUAAAAAUAAGGACGAAUUUGUUAUUAUACCAUGUAUUUAAUUUUAUUCAUUAGCUUUUAAGUUGGUUUUUCUUUCUCUGAAGACGACCGGAGUACACGGGCCGAAAGCUCAGAAUAAAAUUAAACAUGCAUUUUCCUUAUUUUUAAUAUUUUAUAGUUUAAUAUUUUAAUAUUUUUAAUAUAUUAUAAGUUUGUUAGUGGGUAAUUUUUACAUAGGCAAGAAUAACUGUAAGAAGAUUACAGCGCCCAAUUAAACGUUGUAGCAUCAUGUGCAUUUAAAUUUCUAUUUUAUUUUUUAGUCCGCCAGAAAUACCUCUGGCGAACGUAACUAAGGCUCAUCUUGUGGCAUAUGAUCCAGAAAAGGAUUUCUUACCAAUGAUCCUCGCACACUGUGAUUAUUCUCUUAAAGUUGGUGAGGAAACUACAGUAGAAUUUAACUGGAAGUGUUUGGAAAGGCAGCUGGUGAACAGAUUCAUUAGAGGAAGACCCAGACUAACGUCUUUGGUAAAUACCAACAGUACAAGUGAACAUAGAGUUUGGAAUUUAGAAGCAGAGUGUAUAAGAUUUAUUAAAAAUAAGUUUGAACAAGAAUAAAUAAUAAAUCGUGUAUGUUUAUACAUUAAUUUAACACUUGUAGAUUCAGCUUCCCACCAAUAGUUAAUUAAAAAAAUCAAAAGAAUUUAAAGACGGCAAUUAAGAACCAGCAUCUUAAGUAACAAGUUUUUCUCUAUGCUUUUCUUAGGUUGAAUUGUUUGUGUUUAGUAAGGAUAUUUGUGAUGGAGAAGUAUUUGAAGCCUUAAAACGGAAGAUUCGUCAGGUAGAUUGAAAUUGUUGUAUAUUUUAUAAAAACAUUGUAGCUGAACAAUAGCAUAUUUAAACCACGUGCACUUUUGUGUAUUUAUUUCCAUUUACGCAAAGACAAAAAUAGUGUUAAGCAAGUCAAUUAAAGUAUAGUUAAGAAAAAUUCGAAAAAAAGAAUUCGCUGUAUUUGCAUGAACUCGUAUCUUAGGGUUUCUAGAACAAAUUUUCGUUGCUGUGCAGUGUCAGAAUAAAUGUGAAACUAGUUUUUCCAUAUCUCUGAAGAUUGUUCUGAAACAGUUAAGUUAGUUGUUUGGGCAAUGUGCAUAAUGCAUAUGUUUUAGUACUAUUAUCCCUUCAACCGUGUUAGUCCAUGUUUACUUCACCAACAAGAAUAAGAUAGAAGGCUGUUUUCACAAAAGUGUUAUAAAAUGUUUUAUUUUUUCUCGGGAAACGGAAUCGUUACAAUUUAUAAAGUUACAUUGAAUGUUUUUAUAAUACUUUUAUGGUAAUUUCUCUAUUUUCUUCUUUCAUCGUUUGUUUUCGUCUUGUUCUAUCUUGUUCUGCGUUGUCGUAUUUUCAAGUUUACAAAUGUUCAUAUAGCUCCAUAGCCAUACUAAGUUUUGGCUGUUGGCCUCGUUUUCGUGAUUGAGAUAUCGGAGCCCUUUAUCUUGUUACCGAUGACCUAACUAUAUCAGGCCUUAAAAUAUCGGUCGGUCACGGACAUUGUCCGACCCAUUCGUGAAAUUGUCCGACGUAGAGAGGAAACCACCGGACAUUCUGUCCGACCUAAGUGAAACUGAGGUUUAUUGUUUGUCCGACCUAAGUGUAUUUGUGUCCGACCUAACUGUAGCUUUGUCCAUCGUAAAUCAAAAUGUACCUAUAGCCCAGGACUAGAGGCUUGUAUGGUAAAUCAGAGUACUAUAUUGUAUAAAAAGUGAACUGGAAAUGUUUUAACAUAGUCCCCUCGACUAUGUUAAAACAGAAGCACAAUAGACAGAUUUAGAUCGAGGACGGCGAGCGAAAUGGUGAAGUGGGGCGGCGAGUGAAAUGGUGAAGUGGAAGACGAAUUUAAGUUGUCGAAGUCUUUUUUAAUACUGCUGUUCUGGCAAGCAAGUUAAUUUUGGCUUGGAAAUAAGUAUGAAAGAAACAAAUUAUUUAAUAUCUUCACAACAUUUACCGUUCAGAAUUACCGUUCAUUCUGCUGAUAUUCAUCUCUGUCAUUCAGACUUAUUUCCCAGUCAAAAGUCAAAACUGAACUGAAGGUCAUCGGACAUAUGUCCGACCCAAACUCAACGUCAUCGGACAUUUUGUCAGACGGUCCUGUAAAAGAUAUUUUAAGGCCUGCUAUAUAAAGGUCUUUUAGAUGAUAUGUUGUAACUGUAUGAUUUUGUAAAUGGGUCAUGUACUGUAGAACAUGCAGGAUAAUAGAUUCUAAAUCCAAUACCGAAAAUGAGGCAGUAUGGCCUAGACUGAAAAAAACUUUCUGGAAGGGCGUAUUGCGUUCUUCUAUCUACAAUUAUAACAUUUCAUCAAUUUUCAUUCACUCUCAGCUCAUUGAGGUAGAGUUACGUCUGCACAUGCAGUAUCAUGGCCUGAAACCAUGGACAUAUAGUAUAAGCCAGUAGAGUAAUGUCCAAGAAACAUUUCUGAUAGAAUUUUUCGUUUGAAAGGAAAACCAUAGUAUUAUCGACAACUGUUUGUCAUAAUUAAGCACUAACCAAUCAGAGGUCUUCCAUAACUGGGGAAAAUACAUACGAUUGUGAACAUAAGUAUUGGCGAUACCAGGGGAGAGCAUUAUUCUUGAAAGUACUGUACAUUAUUGUCAUUUUAGGAAGAACUAACUCGCCCAGUCCAAGAGCAAAUAUUAAAUGAACUCAAUCAGCUGACCGAUGUUUGUGAUGUUCUUAAAUCACUACAUAUUGCUAUUGGAUUUCUGUCUUCUGCUGGGGGACCUCCUUCAAUGUCUAUCCAUAAAUACCUUCAUUCAGGAUUAAAGAUGACACCUAGAAAUGGCUUAAAAAGCGUGAAGGUAAAUCUACAUGUAUAUUUGAAGGUGUAUAACUCUUCAAUCCUUAAAUGUUUUCAUCUUUAAUUGGACAAACUAUUGGUGCACUUUAAUUGCUACUUGCCUUAUCUUGAAACCAAAAAGAAGGCCCUUUCUGCAAAAUGUUCUUGUUUAAUAUUCAACAUCACGGUAUAGUUAAGUCGGAGAUAAAUUUUGAACAAGCCCGAAUUACAACAUCAUUCUCUUCAAGAUUGCCUGAAACCAACCGUUUGUUGGAACCAAAAUAACUUCGAGGGCGAUACCUUUACUAAGGGUUAUCCCCUAAGGGUUAUUAAGGUAUUAUUGCCCUCCACUUCGGCGAAUAAUUGUUGUUGUUUUUACUGAUGAGUAUAUAAAUUUUCCUCUUUUAGGCUGAGCAGUUUUGUCAACUGCAACAUAUUGUAUCACUAUGGCUGUUGUUAUCAUUAGAAAGGGCAAGAGUAUUGACAAAGCGUAAACAGGUUUGCAAAAAAUAAGAGUGAUACAACUUUAGAAAUUUGGGGGAAACCUCCUGCAUACAGUAAAUCUAGUGUUGACAUGUAGACUGACAUGUAGACUGU